UGCUUUAACUCGCAAAUUUUAAUGUGUAUUUUAGGUGGAUUGAAGUAUGCACAUGCUCUCUCACAGUUAUUACUUGGAUUAUUGUGGCGCGUAAAUUAUUAUUUGGAGGAAUAUCUAUCUGCAAAUUCAGGUGAUGACCACGCACUUACCAGACCUUUUAGAGGCGUCGUUUGAUGCCGAUCACCGUUGUCACCAAUGGUUGGACCCGAACGCCCACUUCGACCCCCCUCAGCCCUUCAGGCUACGCGGCAUCAAAAAUAGGCUCCAUGUUCACGACCGUUAUAUGGAUCAUUUGCGCGCUCACGGACUUCUUUCAUAUUCCAAGCUUACAUCAAGCAAGGAGAGGUUUCUGUUGGACCCAUCUCUUAUGUCAGCCCUUGUUGAUCGUUGGAGACCCGAGACCCACACUUUUCACUUACGUUGUGGAGAGUUGACACCGACCCUAAAAGAUGUGUCCAUGAUUACUGCUCUUCCUAUCAUUGGUAAUCCAGUGGUCCCCCAAGCAUAUUCUAGUAAUUGGCCGCUACAGGUUGAAGCACGGCUUGGUGUUCCAUUUCCUGUUAACACCCGCAGUGGGAACCGUCCUAGAGGUGUGCCUCUAAGCUGGAUAGUCACACAUUUUGCUAACUUACCUGCCAAUGCAGAUAAUGUCACGCUGGCACGACAUCUAUUUGCAUAUGUGCUGUAUCUCUUAGGUAUAAUGUUCCCUUCGUCACACGGUGACGUUGUUCUCCCCAGUUUGAUUAAAAUUGCCGAAGAGAUAGUAGAUGGCCCCUUACCUCCCAGGCCCAUAUACAGCUUUGGUUCAGCCAUGCUUGCUCAUACAUACAGGGGGUUAUGUCAUGCCACCCAGAAAAAAUCUAAAGGCCACAUACUUGCCGUCAGCUAUGAGUUUCUUCAGCUAUGGUCAUGGGAGUACUUACCUGUUGGACGUCCCCACCUAUCCAACAUAAUCCACCCAUAUGAUUUUGGCCAGGCUAGAUAUGGCCCUCUGACAUUUGGAUCUCGUUGGGUACAUGCUAAAAAAAAUUGGUCAACAAAUGUGGUGCACGGUUGUUACCCCGAAUACCACCAGGAGUUUGAGGGGCUAGAGGAUCACAUGAUCAGCUGGAACCCAUGGACGGAUGAUGUCGCUGUGUGGGGUGCUCAGCCAUGUACAGCUGAUAUGUAUAUAGGCUCCGACUUGUGGUUAACACGCUGCCACCUCCUCUUUCUUUGGAUGGUUGAGACAUAUAACCCAGAGCGUGUUAUGCGGCAGUUUGGGCUGUAUCAGGUUGUUCCACCACCACUACCGAGGCGACUUGACGAUCUAGUUCACACGUAA